AGUUGUUCCGUUUGGUUUUUUACUGAUACAGAGGCAGGAGAUUAGUCUGUAUCUUGCCGGAGAUGAUCCUGCUUAGGAUGCACUAAGAUUCAUCUGAGUAUCUGAAUUUGGGGGGCAGCACUGAGACCAAAGCUCACCUGUUCAGCUGUUAAGAUGAGAUCCUCACCAACUGUUGUGACAUGGUGCACCCUCAGGUGGAUCCUUGUCCUGGUCAUCUUUGUGCAGCAGCUCAAUGCAGGGCGGAUUGAAGGCCCAUGUCAAGGUAGAGACUGCUCUGUAUGUAGGUGUCUUCCGUCCAAAGGUGCACGGGGGGCUCCAGGUAAGCCAGGAAAGCAAGGACCCAAGGGACCAAUGGGACAAAUUGGAUAUGAAGGGCUUUCUGGAGAGAAAGGCAGGAUGGGAGAAUAUGGAUCACCUGGCCCAGUCGGGCCCAGAGGAGAGCGCGGCAAGACUGGUGCUCCUGGUUUUCAUGGUAAUAAUGGCUUGUCGGGUCACCCUGGAGCAGGUGGUGAGCCUGGUUUGCCUGGAUUGGAUGGCUGUAAUGGGACAAGGGGUCUACUAGGAAUCCCCGGUAUUCAUGGUUCGGAUGGUUUUGAUGGGCCGCCGGGAUCACCUGGACCUAAAGGAAUUAAGGGAGAACCUCUGUACAUCUUUCUAGGACAUACUGGGGACCCCGGUUUAGAUGGAGAACGUGGUCUACCUGGAAGAAAAGGAGACACAGGGCCUAAAGGCUUCACUGGCCCUACUGGACCAUCUGGACGUGAGGGCUUGAAAGGAGCUAAAGGUGUAAGAGGACCACCAGGCGACCCUGGAAGAUCACUGCCAGGCAUUGAGGGUGACGAUGGGGAGCAAGGCCCACCUGGCCUACAAGGACCAGAGGAAGUCAUAGAAUUUCCUCCACAGAUUCUCCCACCCGCUGGUCACAAGGGAGAACAAGGUCUUCCUGGACCAUGUGGACCAAAGGGCAUAAGUGGUGCGAGCAGAGACUACAAUGGAAUUAAAGGGGAGCAAGGGAUUCUUGGUUUUCCUGGAAUUCGGGGUACCCCAGGGUUUCCUGGUAGAGAUGGACCAACAGGACCUGAGGGUGUCCAUGGAGAGAAAGGACUUCCAGGUCUCAUCGGAAGACCUGGACUAAAGGGUUACCAAGGAGAUCCAGGUCUCCCAGGUCCCCCUGGAUAUCUUAAUGAGAAUGGUCUUGUGAGAGGUGCUAAAGGUGAACGCGGGAAACCUGGAACAUCUGGGCCACCAGGUGACCCCGGGUAUAUGGGCUUGCCUGGACCCUCUGGCUCACCAGGAUUACCAAUACAAGGGGAGCUGGGUCUGCCUGGUCCUCGAGGGCCCCUCGGCCCUAAAGGCCUAAAAGGAGAGCCAGGAAUAUAUAACAACUUUGUAAUCGAUCCACUUCGAGGACCAAAGGGAACUAAAGGACAACGCGGACAUACAGGUGUCAGAGGCCCCCCUGGUCGUCCAGGGUGUGGAGAUUACUACUGUGAGCCUGGGUAUCCAGGGGACCCUGGUGACCCCGGACCUAUAGGAUCUGCUGGAAACAAAGGGCUCAGAGGAAUAAAAGGUUGUCCAGGGGAAUGUCAAUGUGGAUCUGGUGGGGGCCCCAUAGGCCCCCCUGGUACACCUGGUUAUCCAGGACCUCCAGGGUUACCUGGAACUCAAGGACUGAAGGGGGACCCAGGAGUGGAAGGAGACGAGGGUCCAAGAGGACCACAGGGAUUUCAAGGACUUGCUGGUGUAAAAGGACAGAAGGGUCAGAAAGGGGACUCUUUUGUGAUAGGAGUUAAAGGUGCCAAGGGUAACCAAGGAGACCCUGGACAUUCUGGUUCUCAUGGAGCACAAGGGAAGCCAGGACUGGAUGGCUACCCUGGCUCUGCAGGAGACCCUGGACCACCAGGUGCUGGAUAUGCAGGAUUACCUGGUCCCAGAGGUAGCCCUGGUGAUCCUGGACCCAAAGGGAUUCCGGGGUUUGCGGGCCCCCCAGGUCCUGGUUUUCCAGGCUCCAAGGGGCUGACUGGAUUUAAAGGAAAUCAGGGACAUCCUGGCCUUCCAGGAAUUCCUGGACCACCAGGUCCUCCAGGUGAAGUUGACCAAUGCUGUCAUGAGGUUGAGAUUGGACCACCUGGUCCUAAGGGUGAGCCAGGUUCACCAGGGAGUCCAGGUGAUCCAGGAAGAAAUGGUCUCCCAGGAAACUCAGGAUCCCCAGGCCCUAAAGGCAUAAAAGGAGAUAAUGGCGGGACUGGAAGAAGUGGACCGCCAGGACCUCAGGGUUUAAUUGGAGAUCCAGGUGAUGCUGGUCCUGAUGGAAUUUCCCGGGAAGGCCCUCCAGGCCAUCCUGGUAAACCAGGACCCAAAGGCAAGAAGGGUUCCCAAGGAGAUGUCUUCACUGACCAACCAGGUGCUCCUGGCCCACCUGGCCGCCCUGGGGCUGUGGGGUGGAAGGGAUUUCCUGGCAUUCCUGGAACCCCUGGGCUUCCAGGUGUACAAGGCCAACCUGGACAACCAGGCCAUAAAGGAGAACAAGGAGUCAGUGGUGACCCUGGUGCCACUGGUCCCCCAGGCCCACCCUGCACUUUGUGUGACACAAGAGAGUAUUUUGGCCCUCCAGGACCUCCAGGAAACCCUGGACUGAAGGGGGUACCAGGCAACCCUGGUCAGAAGGGUAUGAGGGGAGAUAUAGGUCCACCUGGCCAUGGAUGGAAGGGUCAACAAGGUUUACCUGGCCGUCCUGGUGUGCCAGGGCCAGCUGGACCAAGAGGCACCACUGGCCCCCCAGGAGAUCCUGGGAGUGAUGGCUGGCCAGGACAGAAAGGCGAAAGGGGGUACCCUGGCAGGGCUGGGGCCCCAGGUUUUCCAGGUUAUCCUGGACCUCCAGGACCCAGAGGGAAACAGGGGGAGAGAGGCUUUGAUGGUCGCCCAGGUUGCAUAGGAGACUCAGGAUCGCCUGGUAAUAAAGGGUUACCUGGUCCCCCAGGAUUACCAGGACCAACAGACAUGAAUGUAAUAAAAGGUUCACAAGGACCACCUGGGAGAAACGGGCGACCAGGCCAAAAUGGACUUCCAGGCUCAAAGGGCUCAAAAGGAGUGCCAGGCGAUACAGGGUAUAAUGGAUUGCCUGGUCCACCAGGGUUAAAGGGGAGUGCUGGUGUUCCAGGCAGGACAGGAAUACCAGGACCUCCUGGUUAUACUGGAAUUAAAGGUUUCCCUGGUCCAAGGGGAUAUCCUGGGCAUGGUGGAGAUCUGGGUGAUCCAGGGCUUAGAGGACAUCUGGGAAUCCCAGGGCUACCAGGAUUUCCAGGUGCCAAAGGUGAGAAAGGUGAAUCUUUUGGACCACCAGGUCGACCUGGACCCAAAGGACUUCCAGGGGAGAAAGGACACAGUGCACCAAGAGGGAAUCCAGGAGAUCCAGGUGAUCCUGGCCCCAGGGGAAUCCCAGGACAACCUGGACAACCAGGCACCCCUGGAGAACAGGGAAGAAAAGGUGGACCAGGUCUCCCUGGGCCUCAUGGUCCAUUAGGUCGUCCAGGUUUUCCAGGUGUGAAAGGUGAUAGUGGAGGUCAGGGACCACCUGGCUCACCUGGCCCAUAUGGACCUCCAGGGCUCCCUGGACCCCCAGGUCUGGAUGGACUGGAUGGUCUUAUAGGUCCAAAAGGGAUGAAAGGAGCAAGUGGCAAAGAUAUCCCUGGCCCUCCAGGACCAGUUGGUUUUCCUGGAGUCAAAGGUCGUAAGGGCAACCCAGGGCUUCCAGGAGUCAUUUUGCACGGAUCAAAAGGCCUGAGGGGCCCGAGGGGCCCGCCUGGCAACAAAGGUCUCCCAGGUGAACCUGGAUUCCCUGGAAUAGAAUGUUUCCCGCCUUUGCGUGGACCGUGCGGAGAUACAGGAUCAGAAGGACAUCCGGGACCCCCAGGUCCUCCUGGGAGGCAAGGAUCUCCAGGCAGCAGCAUGCCCUGCAAAGGAGACCUAGGACCACCUGGUCCACCUGGGUUACCAGGCUGUAAAGGAGAUAGGGGCCCUCCAGGACCUCCUGGUACUCAGACCUGCCACGGAUUUGUAGGACCAAAGGGUGAGAGGGGUCUGCCUGGUCCCAUAGGUCCUCAAGGACCAAGAGGUCAGAAAGGUGACCCUGGGCCCUGGGGUCGCAAAGGAGCAACUGGCCCACCUGGAGACAUUGGUGCUAAGGGUGCCCGUGGUGAUUGUGUCAAGGGAGGGUUCAACGGGAGAGCUCCCAAAGGAUUACCAGGACCACCUGGUAACCUAGGACCCAUGGGAUUCAAUGGCGAUGAGGGUCCUCCUGGGACUCCAGGAUAUAAAGGACAGAAGGGUCCUGUAGGUCCUAUGGGCCCGCCUGGCACACCAGGUCCUCCUGGUCGUGAUGGUCCUGUUGGAGAUGCAGGAGAUGUUGGCCAGAAAGGAUUUACCGGACCUCAAGGUAUCUCAGGUCUACCUGGUGAUCCAGGUGAGCCAGGCUGUAGGGGGGCAUUGAGGUCAGGCUUCCUGUUGGUUAUCCACAGCCAGUCAGUUCAGGUGCCACAGUGCCCUGACGGCAGCAGUCAGCUUUGGGUGGGCUACAGUCUGGUCUAUCUGGAGGGACAAGAGAAGGCUCAUACACAAGACUUGGGCCAGGCUGGAUCUUGCCUGUCUGUAUUUUCCACCAUGCCUUUCUCGUACUGCAACAAAGCUGCCUGUCACUACUCUAGUCGCAACGACAAAUCCUAUUGGCUCUCCACCACUGCUCCCAUACCUAUGAUGCCACUCUUUGACCAGGAGAUUAGUUCCCACAUCAGCCGCUGUGUGGUGUGUGAGACAGUUUCGCCUGCAGUGGCUUUUCACAGCCAGGAUCAAAAAGUCCCUUUAUGCCCACCUGGCUGGAGGAGUCUGUGGACAGGAUACUCUUUCCUCCUGCAUACAGGAGCAGGUGAUGAGGGUGGUGGCCAGUCUCUGACCUCUUCUGGUAGCUGCCUUAAAGACUUCCGAACUCACCCCUUCAUAGAGUGCCAGGGUGCGCGGGGUUCCUGUCACUACUUUGCCAACCUCUACAGUUUUUGGCUGACUACUGUUAGUCAGACAGAUCAGUUUAUCACCCCGAGACAUAGCACCAUCAAAGCAGUCGACAAACAGCGACGCAAGGCUAGUCAGUGUCAUGUCUGCCUCAGACAACAGUAAAGGACCCCACCUUAGUUUUAUUAUUUUGUAAUUGUUUCCUUUUUUUAAAACCCAAUUCUGUGUACCACUCAGGGUUAUAACUAGAUCAUAUAUGGUGAUAUAUUACUUAAAAAGUGUGUUUUUUGCAAUUUGUACACAUUUACAUUUAUCUGAACCUUUUUAUUUUACCAUGUUGUUGUCACUGUAUCUUUUUGCUGUCAUUAAUUUGAAUCUGGUGCUAUUUCCAAUGACAAAAAAUGUUUGAUAAUUGAUCGUCUUGA